AUGAGUGCCGAAAUUACACCUGUCUCUUCGCCGGUCGCAGGUUCUGGAGAUAGGAAAUCGACCGAGUUUAUCAAGGUGCAAAAUGAGGAUGAGCUGCGAUUAGCCCAAAUGGGGCAUAAACAGGAGUUGGAGCGACAUUUCUCGCUUUGGAGUUUGAUUGGACUGGCGGCCAAUUGUACCAUUUCAUGGACAGGUCUCGGCUUGGGUUUAAUGACUGCGAUUAAUGCAGGUGGUCCUGGCGCCCUGAUAUAUGGCUUCAUCCUCGUUUUUAUCCUUCAAUGUUUCGUCGGUGCCUCCCUGGCAGAAUUUGUAUCAGCAUACCCCACCGAGGGAGGAAUGUACCAUUGGAUUGCCGCCAUUGCUCCCAAACGAUAUAAUAGCAUGCUCAGCUUUGCCACUGGGUGGUCCACUGUGUUCGGGUGGAUCUUUACAACUGCGUCAACAAAUUUGAUUUAUGCCACGACGGUCAUGGCACUAAUUGCGCUUUACCACGAUGGCCUGGUGGUUCAGCCAUGGAUGACCUUUGUCGCAUAUCAGAUCCUCAAUAUUUUGACUGCGGCCGUUGUCAUGUUCGGGAAUCGGUUUAUUCCAGCGCUCAACAAAUUUUCAUUGAUCUACCUGCAAUUGGCCUGGUUUAUUACUAUGGUUGUGGUGGCCGCCAAAGCGCCGGUUCAUAAUGACAGCAAGUUUGUGUUCCGUACCUGGAUUAACAACACCGGCUGGGACAACAAUGUUAUUUGCUUUAUCACCGGACUGGUUAAUCCAAUGUACUCACUUGGAGGUCUGGAUGGAAUCUCGCACAUCACAGAAGAAAUGCCCAAUCCCGGAAGAAAUGCCCCUUUGGGUCUAGCUAUCACUCUAUCAAUCGCCUUCGUGACCGGAAUAUCAUAUCUGCUUAGCCUGAUGUUUUCAGUUCAAGAUUACAACAGCUUGGCUGACACACAUACUGGACUUCCUCUUGCUGAGCUCUUUUGGCAGGCAACCUCUACAAGAGGGGGAGCAUUCGCGCUAGUAUUCAUGGUAUGGAUUGCUCUUGGUCCCUGCGUCAUCGGUUCACAAUUGAGUACUGGGCGAGUAUUCUGGGCCUUUGCCCGUGAUGACGGCCUACCUUUAUCGAAGAUCUGGGCUCGUGUCAACCCUAAGCUGGGCUCGCCAUUCAAUGCGCAGCUCUGUGUUACCGCGAUUGUCGCCCUCCUCGGCUGCAUAUACUUGGGAUCAAGCACGGCGUUCAAUGCAAUGAUGAGCUCUGCAGUGACAAUCAACAAUCUUGCCUAUCUUGUGCCCAUUCUGACGAAUGUGCUCUUGUUCCGUCGAACCAUGCACCGUGGCCCAUUCUUCAUGGGACAGACGAUGGGCAUGACUGUGAACAUCGUCUCUGUGGCGUGGCUGGUAUUUGCCAUCGUCUUUUUCUCGUUCCCGUACCAGAUGCCUGUAACUGUAACAAACAUGAACUAUACCUGUGUUGUUGUAGGCGGAUUCUUGUUCAUUGAGCUUGCUUGGUGGCUCAUUGCCGGAAAGAAGUAUUCUGCGACUGUACAGCGAGCAAGAGAAGAAGGGACCAGUGAGAGAGUAGUUAUCGGUGAUGGAAAAUCUGAUGAGUGA